AUGCCAAUAGAAAUCUCAGAGUUGCCAAGGAUUUGCAAAGGGAGCUUUCCCAGAAGCAAAAUAUUGCAAAGCAUGAAACUUGUUAGAACCGAGUUAUUUGGCAUUUCUUAUAUGGGAAGACCCUUAGAAAGAUUCAAAGGUUGUUCAGACUAUUCUACUCUUGCAGAAGUUAAUGAUAACAUUGAUAAGGGUACUGGAAAAAUGACAUUAGCAAAGAACUUGGCUUUUGUUGUUGCAGAAUCCUCCAAAUUUGACGAGAGAAGACAGAAAAGUCGAAUGGAGCUUAAGAGGUCUCUUGAACUUCGUAUAAAGAAGAGGGUGAAGGAGCAAUAUUUUAAUGGAAAAUUUCAUGAUCUAAUGACCAAAGUGAUUGCAAAUCGAGAAACACUUCAGGAUGCUUAUAAUUGUAUACGGCUCAAUGCAAAUGUUGAUAUAGCAUUAGAUGAUGAUAAUAUAUCUUUUGAAUGCAUGGAAAAAGAGCUCUCUGGUGGAUGUUUUGAUAUUGGUGGAAAUACAUUCUCUAUUGCCACAAAGGGUGCAAGAAAGGAAAUCCUUUUCCUUCCAAAGUUAAAGUUGAAGGUUGUUCAAGAGGCUAUUAGAAUAGUUUUGGAAGUUGUUUAUAGGCCCUACUUUUCCAAAAUUUCUCAUGGUUGUCGAAGUGGACGGGGUCAUCAUACAGCAUUAAAAUACAUCAGCAAAGAGAUCUCUAAUCCUGACUGGUGGUUUACAUUGAUCAUAAGCAAAAAGCUGGAUGCCUGUAUCCUUGAUAAACUUAUCUUCAUAAUGGAGGAAAAACUACAAGACCCCUGCUUAUUCGAUAUGAUUAAAGGUAUGUUUGAUGCCCAGGUACUUAAUAUGGAAUUUGGGGGUUACCUAAAAGGCCAUGGUCUUCCGCAAGAGGGAGUGUUGUCCCCUAUAUUAAUGAACAUAUACCUUGAUGUCUUUGACCAUGAAUUGUACAGACUUUCAAUGAAAUAUGAAGCUCUCAAUACAGAUGUCAACUUUGGUGGAGAGCAGUUACACUCCAAGUUGCGUAGCUGGUUUCGGAGGCAGCUGAAAGGAAAUGAUAUUGAAAACAGUAGUAAGGAGGGUUCAAGAAUUCAUUCAUGUCGCUUCAUGGACGAGUUAUUUUUUGCAGUUUCUGGAUCCAAAGAUGUUGCACUUGGUUUCAAGUCUGAGAUUGUAAAUUACUUGCAUAAUUGUUUGCACUUGGACGUUAAUAGUGAAGCGGAAAUAUUACCUAGUGCAGGACCUCGUGCAAUUUGCUUUUUGGGCACUUUGAUUAGAAGAACUGUGAAAGAAAGUCCAGCUAUAAGGGCUGCUCACAAGUUAAAAGAGAAAGUCAAGUUGUUUGCUUUGCAAAAACAAGAGGCUUGGGAUGUUGGGACUGUUACGAUUGGGAAGAAAUGGUUGGCUCAUGGUUUGAGAAAAGUUAAAGAGUCAGAGAUCAAGCAUUUAGCCGAUAGUAGUUCUCUUUUGAACCAAAUUUCCUGCUACCGCAAAGCUGGAAUGGAAACUGAUCACUGGUACAAAUUCUUACUUAAAGCAUGGAUGAAAGACAUGAAAGCCAAAGCAGCAGAGAGUGAGGAAUUUGUUUUGUCCAAGUAUGUUGCUGAACCGGCUGUUCCACAAGAACUAAGAGAAUCCUUUCAUGAAUUUCAGAAGCGUGCAGAGGAAUAUGUUAAAUCUGAGACUGCCUUGACUCUUGCUCUUUUGCCAAACUCUAGCUCCUCCUCUGAAAACAUCACAGAGAUCAUUGCUCCUGUUAAUGCCAUUAAUAAGCGUUUGUUACGAUAUGGAUUGAGCACGUCACAAGGUCACUCCCGUGCCAUUCCUGAACUAAUUUUACAAGAUGACAUCCAGAUCAUUGACUGGUUUUCGGGUAUUGUUCGUCGUUGGGUGAGAUUGUUUUUUGAUUGCCAGAACUUUGCUGAGUUAGAGCUCAUAAUUAGGAAUCAAGUUAUGAAAUCAUGCAUUCGUACUUUAGCCGCAAAGUACAGAGUUCAUGAAAAUGCAAUAGAGAAACGUUUUGAUUUAGAACUGAGCAGGAUUCCUUCCACCCAAGAGGGAGAGCAGGUGGUGGAAAAUGAGAAGUCUCACUCUCCAGCUUUCGAUAAUGAUGAGGCACUGAUGUAUGGAAUUUCUUGUAGUGGCUUAUGUUUACUGUCAUUAGCGAGAAUGGUGAGUCAGUCGCGGCGUUGCAGCUGUUUUGUUAUGGGGUGUUCAGCUGCAGCACCAAGUGUUUAUACCAUUCAUGUGAUGGAAAGACAGAAGUUUCCUGGAUGGAAGACUGGAUUUUCAACUUGUAUUCAUCCCAGCUUGAAUAAAAGGCGAAUUGGAUUGUGUAAACAGCAUUUAAAGGAUUUAUAUGUGGGUCAUAUAUCUCUUCAGUCCAUUGAUUUUAGUUCAUGGAAAUGA